AUGUGUAAAACCUCUCUUGUUUGUUUGUUUUUUAUUCCAGAUGUAGAAGGUCAAGACAUUGAAGAGAUUUGCAGAGAGUUUGUAAACAGAAGCGUGUACUGCACAAGAGAGUCCAACCCGCACUGCGGCACGGAUGGCAUCACGUACGGAAACAAGUGUGCCUUCUGCAAGGCAGUGCUGAGAAGUGGAGGGAAAAUAAGAUUGAAGCACCUGGGGAAAUGCUGA